UGUGUUAAUAAAAAUCGUCGAGUACGAGUAUAUCAAAUAUAAAAUCAGUAUCAGUGAUACAUUUAGCGUAAAAUAAGUCCGAGUGCUCUACAGAAAAAAUCGCGAAUAAUUCGCAACGGUUCAAAAUGCGUUCCAUUGGAUUUAUUUUCCUUCUGCUCUGGUACUUCGACAAUUCGUCGUCAGAAGUUCUGGAUUUUUUAGAUUGCGCUUCUGACGGGCACAUGCCUAUAGCAUCAGUUAUUUUCGGAGAUUGCCAUAUUACCCCCUGCAAAAUCGAUCACAAUGACAAGGAGGACCUGCAGCUGAUUUUAAACGUUACAAACUCGAUCCCACAAUUUUCUAGCAUCAGUGCCACAGCAGAAAUGAUUCAACUGGGAGGCACAUGGGCUGUAAACAUAUCCCCGAAUAAUCCUUGCAUCAGCUGGAAAUGUCCUGUGCAUAAAACCAUGCAAUACGUUUUCAACGCCAGUAUAGACUUUAGCAAUAUAAGGGUGAAGUUCCCGGGCACGCUAAGAGUGAGCGGAAUCCUCGAUGAUAAGGACCAUCCCAUAUUUUGCGUUGAAAUGAAAGUUAGAUUUUAAGCGUUUAUGUUAGGUUUAUUUUUUUAAUUUAUUGUUUCUAAUAAAAGCUCGAAAAUUGGUUUGUGGUUAAACGUUAAACACAAUUGAUAUUAAAUUUGAUGAAGUAAGUUAUCUAAAGUUUCC